GGGACUUCCGCCGCAGCGGCCCCGCGGAUGGCCGCUCUCAGGGCUGCGCUCGGGGCUUUGCUCGCGGCAGCCCGUGUCCGGUCGCCGCCCCUGGGCCAGCGCCCGCCGCGGGCGCCCUGCUCCGCCUCGGCCGCCGCACGCGGCGCUGCCAUGGAGCCGGCGCCCCGCUGGCUGGCGGGUCUGCGCUUCGACAACCGCGCCCUGCGCGCGCUGCCCGUGGAGACGCCGCCGCCCGGCCCCGAGGGCGCCCCGUCCGCGCCGCGGCCCGUGCCGGGGGCCUGCUUCAGCCGCGUGCGGCCCGCGCCGCUGCGCCAGCCGCGCCUCGUGGCGCUGUCGGAGCCCGCGCUGGCGCUGCUGGGCCUGGGCGCGCCGCCCGCCGACGCCGCCGCCCGCGAGGCGCGCGAGGCCGAGGUCGCGCUCUUCUUCAGCGGCAACGCGCUGCUGCCGGGCGCCGAGCCCGCCGCGCACUGCUACUGCGGCCACCAGUUUGGCCAGUUCGCGGGGCAGCUGGGCGACGGCGCCGCCAUGUACCUGGGCGAGGUGUGCACGGCGGCCGGCGAGCGCUGGGAGCUGCAGCUCAAGGGCGCCGGCCCCACGCCCUUCUCCAGACAGGCUGACGGCCGCAAAGUCCUGCGGUCGAGCAUCCGAGAGUUCCUGUGCAGUGAGGCCAUGUUCCACCUGGGCAUCCCCACCACGCGGGCCGGGGCCUGCGUCACAUCCCAGUCCACAGUUGUCCGCGACGUGUUCUAUGAUGGUAAUCCAAAAUAUGAAAAGUGCACGGUUGUGUUGCGUAUAGCUUCCACUUUUCUAAGGUUUGGAUCCUUUGAGAUUUUUAAGUCUGCAGAUGAGCACACAGGGCGCGAGGGCCCCAGUGUGGGGAGGAAUGACAUUCGAGUACAGAUGCUGGACUAUGUGAUCGGCACGUUUUAUCCCGAGAUCCAGGCCGCUCACGCCGACAACAGCGUGCAAAGGAAUGCGGCCUUCUUCCGGGAGGUGACCCGUCGCACGGCCCGGAUGGUGGCCGAGUGGCAGUGUGUGGGCUUCUGCCACGGCGUGCUCAACACGGACAACAUGAGCAUCGUGGGGCUCACCAUCGACUACGGGCCCUUUGGGUUCCUGGACAGGUACGACCCUGACCACGUGUGCAAUGCCUCGGACAACGCCGGGCGCUACGCAUACAGCAAGCAGCCCGAAGUGUGCAAAUGGAACCUGCAGAAGCUGGUUGAGGCCCUGGAGCCCGAGCUGCCCCGCGAGCUGGGUGAGGCCAUCCUGGCGGAGGAGUUUGACGCCGAGUUCCGCCGGCACUAUCUGCAGAAGAUGCGCAGGAAGCUGGGCCUCGUGCGUGCCGAACUGGAGGACGAUGGAGUGCUGGUGGCCAAGCUCCUGGAGACCAUGCACCUAACCGGUGCCGACUUCACAAACACCUUCCACUUGCUGAGCUCCUUCCCAGUUGGGCCAGAGCCCCAGGGCAUGCCCGAGUUCCUGGAUGCGCUGACCGCACAGUGUGCCUCCCUGGAAGAGCUGAAGCUCGCCUUCCGACCCCAGAUGGAUCCCCGGCAGCUCUCCAUGAUGCUGAUGCUGGCGCAGUCGAACCCUCAGCUCUUUGCGCUCAUCGGCACCCGAGCCAACGUCACCAAGGAGCUGGAGCGCGUGGAACAGCAGUCGCGGCUGGAGCAGCUGAGCUCGGCUGAGCUUCUGAGCAGGAACAGGAGCCACUGGGCCAACUGGCUCCAGGAGUACAGAGCCCGGCUGGAGAAGGACAGGGAGGGCGCCGGCGACAGUGACACCUGGCAGGCCGAGCGCCUGCGCGUCAUGCGUGCUAACAACCCCAAGUACGUCCUGCGGAACUACAUCGCACAGAAUGCCAUCGAGGCUGCCGAGAACGGAGACUUCUCAGAGGUGCGGCGGGUGCUGAAGCUCCUGGAGGCCCCCUACCACAGGGAAGGCGAGGCUGCUGAGGUCCUGGAGGCCGAGGGGGCCGGCGGGGCACACGGCGGGGGACGCUCCUACAGCAGCAAGCCCCCGCUGUGGGCGGCAGAACUGUGUGUGACGUGAUCCUCGUAACUGCCUCGGAGGCCUCCACACGUGGAGCCCCCGAGGCCUCGAGCCCCACAGAGUCCUUGAGGCGGUGGGCGCCCAGCGGGCAACCCCACGCCCCGUCUCUCCAUGACGGCCGAGACGUCCAGUCAGGACCUGACCCGUCUCUGUCUGACACAGACUCAGCAGCCCCGCCCCACGCUCAGCGCGCUCCCCACGAAAGCCGCUUGGUGCGAGGACAGGAGGUGCGACAGGAGCUCAGCAGGGGGAAGCAGGCCCAGGUGGGCAGAGCGGCCCCAGCCCCUACCUACCGGGCAGACACGGUCCCCAAAUAAACCAGCAGCUUCCCCGGCC